CUUUGUCCUUAAUUAUUUCCCCCCUGUUUUUUCUUCUUUUCUUUAGGUGUCUGGUAUUGAUCUUCUUUCAGGAGGUAUAAUUAAGUUACAAGUUUCAGAAGCUGAGAUCAAUAACACAAGCAUACGUUUCCUUGAUAGGACGGGCGAGCCAGCAGUUGGAAAAACAAAACCUGAAACUAUACUUCGGCAACUUACAACCAAGAAAGGGCAGGUGUAUAGUGCGCUUCAGGGGAAAAGAGAUGUAGAGACUGUGCUUGCAAUGGGAACUAUGGAAGAUGUUAGCAUCAUUCCCCAACCUGUUGGAGAUACUAAAAAGGUUGAUUUGACUAUGAAUCUUGUUGAGCGUAAAAGUGCUAAAGGCAUAACUGCUGGUGGCGGAAUUUCAAGUGGGAUAACGAAUGGGCCUCUUGCUGGAUUAAUUGGAAGUCUUGCCAUUUACCAUAAAAAUCUCUUUGGGAGAAACCAAAAGCUUAAUUUAUCACUAGAAAGGGGGCAGAUUGAUUCGAUAUAUAGGAUAAAUUACACAGACCCAUGGAUUGAAGGGGAUGAUAAAAGAACAUCAAGAUCAAUUAUGGUUCAGAACUCAAGAGCACCUGGCACACUUGUUCACGGGAACCAACCAGAUCAUAGUAGUCUUACAAUAGGCCGUGUAACAGCUGGGAUAGAAUACAGCCGUCCAUUCCGGCCAAAGUGGAAUGGAACUUGUGGCCUUUUUUUCCAGCGUGUUGGUGCUCGUGAUGAUAAGGGGAAACCUAUUACACGGGACUUCUAUAGCAGCCCCCUUACUGCAAGUGGCAACACACAUGACGAUAUGUUACUUGCUAAACUGGAGACCGUGUAUACUGGUUCUGGAGACCCUGGUUCUUCAAUGCUGGCUUUCAACAUUGACCAAGGGCUUCCCGUUUCCCCAGAGUGGCUAGUUUUUAAUAGAGUUAAUGCUCGUGCUUUGAAGGGCUUAGCUGUUGGUCCGUUUCGUCUCCUUUUAAGUUUGUCUGGUGGUCAUGUUGUGGGUAAGUUUCCUCCCCAUGAAGCGUUUGCUAUUGGUGGAUCCAAUAGUGUUAGAGGGUAUGAAGAUGGUGCAGUCGGCUCAGGUCGGUCAUAUGCGGUUGGCUGUGGAGAAAUUUCAUUUCCCCUGAAGGGGCCAGUAGAGGGUGUGGUAUUUGCGGAUUACGGGACAGAUCUUGGUUCUGGCUCAAGUGUUCCCGGCGAUCCUGCUGGGGCGAGGCUAAAACCUGGGAGUGGGUAUGGUGCUGGGGUCGGGAUUCGUGUGGCCUCUCCUUUGGGGCCGUUAAGACUUGAAUAUGCCUUUAAUGACAAGGGUGUUGGGAGAUUUCACUUCGCACUUGGUCUUCGCAACUGAGAAUGAACUCCCAUUUCAGACUUUAGGCUACGCUCGUGCCUUGUUAAUAAUUUCUUCAUUUGUCCUUACACUCCUUAGCAUU